AUGCAGGUAGGUCUGUUUCUAAGCAAUAUGCCAUUCAUACGUAAACAAACAAAUGGUGGUGAGAUACAGAAAACCCUAACAUAUAUAGUAGAAGGUGGGAUGAUUUGCCAUAUGUUUGUAGUAGGCCUAGAAAUAGAUCCACACAUUUUUCUUCAGAUACCUCCACGGGAAGCGAAAGUGGCGUGUUCAGGGGUUCUCACGACGUUUGUUAUAGGUUGUUUACUAACUCCAUUCUUGAAUUUCCCUGAAACUCAAAAUGUUGCGUUCAAUAUCUGUCUUGCUGUUAUCCUCUCUGGGACGGCUUCUCCAUUGCUAGCUCGCCUGAUAACUGAUCUCAAGAUUGGGAAGUCAGAUAUUGGGCGUUUUGUUGUAUCUGCUGGAGUACACAGUGACUUAGUAUCAACACUCCUGAUCUGCAUUGGGUUUAUAAUCUUUGAUCCCUUUAACAAUUUCUAUUAUAGGUACUCGAAGAACAUUCUAAGAAUGACUUCACUUAUUGUGAUUGAAACAGUAUUAGCAGCCAAGGUGACUCCCCUGCUAAUGAAUUGGGUGAAUCGCGAAAAUCCUGAUGGAAAAUCCAUGAAAGGUUCACAUUUAGUUGUUUCAGUGGCAUUUGUUGUUAUGAUUUGUUGCUUUUCGCCCGUUUUGGGGGAUUAUAAUAGUGUAUUGAGUGCAUUCUUGGCUGGAUUGUUUAUGCCUAGAGAAGGAAGAAUAGCAAAAAUGAUAAUCGGUAAAGUGAACUAUUUCUUUGCCACUAUUUUCUAUCCACUUUUCUUCUUCUGGGUAGGCACAGAAGCUCCAUUGUCUCAGUUUGGGGCUGGCCAUAUAGGAACAUGGGCAAAAUUAUUUUUCCUUUACUUGAUUGCCACUAUUGGAAAGGUUCUUGGAUCUGUGGUUUCUGGGAUGAUGUUAGGUUUUCAUUGGCAAGAAUCAAUCGAAAUUGGGUUGCUGCUCAACAUCAAGGGUCAUUUCCAGGUCUACCUGGCUAUAAUUGCCUCGAAUAUGAAGCUUUCAAGUAUUUCCACGAGCAUUUCCAUGGUAUUUGUAACCUUGCUUACCAUUGUCUACUUGCCAUAUGUCGUCACAAACAUCAUUGACCGUGCCAGGAAGCGUUCGCCUACUCAAAGAAUGGCACUUCAAUGGCACAGUCCAGCAAAUGAGCUCCGGAUUCUACUCUGCAUACAUGGGUCACAAAGUGUUUCGUCAGUUACAAAUUUCAUUGAGAUUUCUCGAGGGCUAGCCGACCCCGGUGUCAUGGUUUUUCUGACUGACGUGAUAGAAUUAACAGAUAGGAUAGCUGUUACAUUAACACAUAGUGACGGUGUGGAUGGCUUGACUGUGACUGAUCCAACUGUUGUUGGAAUGAGAGAGCAAAUAACAAAUGCAGUUAAUGAUUACCUGAGUAAGGACGGAGAUGGAAUUAAUAUUAAGCGAAUGCUUGCUCUUUCCACUAUGAACAGCAUGCAGCAAGAUAUCUGUAUUUUAGCUGAGGAUCUUAUGGUUUCCUUAAUAGUAUUGCCAUUUCACAAACAACAGGAAGAAGGGGGUAGACUUAAUUUCGGCCUUCCAGGGUUUCGACAUGUUAAUCGCAAGGUUCUUCGCAAUGCCCCGUGCUCGGUAGGAAUAUUAGUUGACCGGGGUUUUGGAACAAUAACCAUAUCAAGAACCACAAUCUCCCUCUAUGCAGCAGUUAUUUUCAUUGGUGGGAAAGACGACCGGGAGGCUCUUGCCUAUGCUGGACGUGUAGCAUGCCAUCCUGGAGUGAAGUUGACAGUCAUAAGGUUCCUUUUGGAGGCCUGUGGAGAUAGCGUUUCAUCAAGAAUCACUAUAGCAAAGGCUAAUACAACUGAGUACCAAGAGGAGAUGAAACUUGACGAUGAAUGCUUUGCUGAGUUUUAUGACAGGCAUGUGGCUGGAGGACAUGUAGCUUACAUGGAAAAGUACCUUGUUAAUUCUGGCCAGACAUUUUCAACACUAAGGUCGCUUGAAGGGCAAUAUGGACUUAUCAUUGUAGGUCGAGGCGGAAGAGUCAACUCAGUUUUAACGGUAGGGAUGAACGAUUGGGAGGAGUGCCCAGAGCUUGGCCCCAUAGGAGACAUCCUUUCGGCUUCUGAUUACUCGACAACAGCCUCUGUUUUGAUUAUUCAGCAACACAAUCUUAGAGGGGAACUUGAUGGCCUUCACGAUGAAUUUUCAAUAAUGUGA